AUGGCUAAACGCCGCUCGAGCGCCCAACAAGCGCACAUCAAAAGCCUUGCCGCGAGCCGGAAAGCCAAUGCGGCGUCAGCUGCGCUCCCCGUCGCUGCAUCGAAAACUCGACAACAAGUCGAGAAACAGAGGCUAGAAGACCUCGUUUCCAACCAUGCUCUCAGAAUACAAGCUCUCGAGGCAGACUUAGAAGAUGCCGAGAUGAGAGCUACACAACUUGCCGAAGAUCUCCACGAAUGCGACGACAUCAACACGGAACUGCAUUCAAAACUCGCUGCUGCCACCGAAGACAUCCACUCUCGCGACGCUGAUAUUGAGCGACUCGAGCAACAUCUUGGCGACACCCGUUUCGAGCUCCGAAAGGCCCAAAAACGCACAUCUCGGCUCACGAACGAGCACCCUGAGGGCAAUUCCUUACGGCAGGAACUUUUGUCUCGGUCACGCGAGCACGAAAGAAUAGCGUGGGAACUCAGGACUACUGUCGACAAGCUUGAAACGGCUCUGACUACGGAGAAACUCGCUACUGCAUGGCUGCGUAAGGACGUUCAUCGCCUUGACAUGCAGCGGCACUGUGCGCAAGCCACCCUCCACAAUACUCGCACGGACCUUCAGUCGAAGAAGGUCUGGGUGCUCAAGAAGCAAGGGGUAUACACUCCCCAUGCACGACGACUGGCCAGGGAGCUCCUGAAGGCCGGAUGUGCCUCUGAACAUGUUGCGAAUGCCAUGGUUGCGUGCGCUCAUGCCUUUGGAAUGAAGGUUCGCGAUAAGAUGAGCGCACGCACUGUUUUACGUGCACGCGACGAAGGCGGCUACUUCGGUUUGAUGCAGCUAGGUCAAGAAAUUAUGCAGGCUGAAGGGUUCGGGGAAAGUAGCAACGGAACCGCCCACCGAAAGAUUACUUACGAAUCGCACCAUGUCACUAUUUUGGCACCGACAUACAAACUUGGCGUGGACGACACAGACAAAUCGACGUGGUCGCACCAGGUUCGUUUCGUAGACCUUGAACCUGCCCUGGAUCACACAGCAAAGACACAAUUUGAGGGAACAAAGAACCUUGCUUCACGGAUCGCUUCGACCUACUCAAAUAGCCCACUCUCGCAGCGUGACGGCACGAAGAUGGAGACAAAUGACUGGAUUCGGAAGGAGGAGUUUCAGAACAUGGAUCAUGUGUCCGAUGGGAAGAAGAAGCUUCGAUUCUGUCAAGAGUGGAAGGAGGAGGUCAUUCACGAGGACCUUGGUGAGAAGGUUCUCGAGGAGAUGGACCCGAGUGCGAUAAUUCAAGCAAUGCUGGCCAUCCAACCAGCUGAUAUUGCAGCUGCACGCUCGGGGUGUGGCGGGCACAAGGAUCUUAACGCCUUCAAGUAUGGAGUUGUUCGGAUGAACAUCACCUGGGAAUUAAAGAAGCGGCCCCCACCUGUGCUCCUUGCGAACAAGGCUAACGAUGCUGUCAUCCAACUUGGGCAAGAAGCAGACAGCGCCGCUAUUCAGCACGCAGUUGAUUCAAGCACUCGUGGUGGUGUCAAGCUUGCUAGUCUUGCUGGCUCCUUGUUCAACCACAAAAGUGAGGAGCAAGGCUAUCAGGACGUGCAUCGCAUGUUCAUUUCAGACCGAAAACUAGAGGUACACGGGCUCAAGACGUUCAGAAAAUUCCCUGACACAUCGAACACUCGGUAUCAAUCUCAUUCCUACGCUGCUGCCGAGUUAAUCACCUUCCUGGAUCUCUACAUCGAACUUGUCGAGGACGCUCAUGACGCAAAGAAAAAAGCUGAAUUUAAUCACCUCGAGAAGAACAUUGCUAAGGGCCUCGAGGAUCCAUCUAUGUUGGCUGAGCUGGCAGCUAUGGUGCUCUACGGUGUCUCGGUUUCUUGGCCUUACCUACAGUCUGUCCGUGGCGGCGAUGGUACCGUGAAGAACCUCCUCGACCCAUCUUUGAUUUCUCUUCAUCGAAACUCCCUGGCUUCUGUGACCGAAUCGCUGGCAAUCCUCGACUGCUUUUAG